CGACGCCCGCUACUCGUGACACGUCGUUGUGCGCCGGCUAGCCGGAGAGAGGAGCGAAGACAAAAAUAGGGGGAGAAAGGAGAAAGAAAGUCGAACGGUGCAAGGUUCGCCGACGGAAGUGUUGAACGAGAGAGGUUUGCGGGCGAGAUUCGUGCGUGCUUUUCACUUCAGUGUGUUCACGCAUUCUAUUCUGCGGCAAAAAGAGCCGCUCCGUCUCUCGUAGAUAAAACAGAAAUAAGAACGAUCGCCAUUGUUGUGCCAUCGAGAGAGCGUCGCGUCGAAGACCUUGGCUUUAUACAGUUACAUAUAAAAAGAAAGAAUACGAAGAAAAAAAAAAAAAAAGAUAAAAAGAGAGACCGAGAGAAAGAAAGAAGUGAAAGAAGCAACCAUAUCUUUCGAAGCAUCCCCGCUUUCCAAUUGGCGGAGGCCAAAACUGUGCCGGAGCGGGGAUAUCCUGGUUGCGCGCGCACGCAAUCUACCCACGUAGGGAGAGACAGGGAGCACAAGAAAUAUCAGCCGUCUGCACAGUGGCGGGUUUGGAGGGGGUUAAGGGGCAAGGGAGGAGAGUGAAAUCUCGCGUUCUCUACCGCGAGGUGGGUUCCCUCUCCGUCGUGCGUUCUCAACAAUGGCCGACGGGCCGUGGUUGAACAACGACGAGAGAAAUAAACGUGUACAAAUGGUAGAUUUCAGUGUCGAGCCUGGUGUCUCGGUGUUAAAUUAUUUUGGGGUCUCUCCCAACAGCAUCGUCAGUUACAAGCCAGAUAAUCCGACUACUUCGAGCUUUUUAAAUCAAUCGAAUCCAUCGAGGCUAACGAUGACCCGUCCGGUUGAACGUGACGAUCAUCAGAAUUCACAGUAUCGGGGCAAAUUUUCAUCUCGCGUUCAUCGGGAUUGGGUUAGAUCGAAAGAUCCAUGCGCUUGCGUCACCGAGGAAUUGCCGGCGCACGUACGAUCGUUGGAAGCCCGACCAAGCAAUCUUAAUGUACGAACUGGCACUUUACAAACCCCGUACACAUGGUCGUGGACUUUCGAGCUGUGGAGCACGGGUAAACCGCUGCGCAAUAUUGCGCUCGCUAUGGACGAGCACGGUGACAAUUUCCGUAUUAAAUCUGUAGCGAGCGAGAGGGGUCAACGAUUGGGCACGUGCGACGGUCACGAGUGGUACGACAAUACGACGAUCGGUGGUAUCGUCGCUGCCGCUACGACGAAUAAGCGGCUCGUUGCGUCAGAAAACAACGAUCCAGCUAACGAAUCUUCAUCGACUUCCUACCUGUACACGAUUGAAAUUGUUUUUUGUGCAACAUCCUUCGGCACUUAUCGGCAACAUUUGCUCUUCGGUUUCGGUGAUUAUCCCAUUCUCCGACGUCGGCUGUGCGUCGAUUGCGUACGCUUCGAAGAUCUCAAGAGACUCACCGAAGCGACCAAAUACGUGCUUCAACAAACUUCCCACAGAUGGAACAACUCCGAGACAGGUGGCGUUGUACACGCUUUCGAAUCGCCCUUCGUUCUCGCCAAAGAUCCUCGCGAGGAUUUUCUCACCAAGGCUUAUCCUUAUCCGGCCGAAAACGACUUUAUGCUCUCUCACGCGACGCUCAACGAGGAUCGUAUCAACCCCAACAAUUAUCGAGGUCGAAUGCACGAAUUAAUAACCGUCGAAGAAUUGGCACGACACGAACAAGUCGCCAGAUACAACAGAGUCGCACAAUUGAAACUGUCAUCCUCUUAUAUACUCUCUUCCGAUACCGAUGGCUCCACCACGGCCAAAUAUGCACCACCCGGAGAAUUGUUCGCCGAGCUGCCCUUGGGCCGGAGCGUUUCGGAAGACAUGAAGAGCGGUCGUUUGUUGUUGCGUGGCUGUACGAGUAUUUUGCUGAAGCCAUUCGCAUCUAGCGAAGGUGGCGGAGGAGGAGAAGAAGGAGGGGGAACCAGUGCGGGAGUACGUGCGGAAGUUUUCCAGGCGCACGUCGAGGACAAAUGCAAUUACACGAUUUACGCACGUUUGUCCAAGUGUUGCGUGGAGCGUUUGAACCUAAAGGUUGACACGCAGGUGAAAAUGUACGUACAAUUUUUGUUGAGCCGUUUGCCAUUUUGCGAGUGGCACAGAGCCGUGGAUUGCUUACCGGACACCAGUCUCGUAUUUCCGGCCCCGGAAUUCGAGUUGUCUUCGAGAUUGCCGUCGUUAGUUCAUUCCGAUAACGAAUGGCAUCACUUACUCGACACCCGGUUGAAUCCGAAACAAGUCGAGGCCGUCACUACCAUGGUCGCACCCGUCGAAAUAAUCUUACCGCCAGUUUUAUUGCUCGGGCCUUAUGGCACCGGUAAAACCUUCACGAUAGCUCAAGCUCUUCUCAUCAUGCUCAUGGAUAAUCCACGAAACAAAGUCUUACUCUGUACUCAGAGCAACAGCGCGGCUGAUCUUUACGUAAAAGAAUUUUUUGACACGUGGUACAACGACACCGCCAACGAGAGGCUCAAACCUAUGAGGAUUUACUACACGAGGCGUCUCAGACACACGGUGCACCCUCUCGUGCGAAAAUACUGUCUAAUGGAUCAAAACGGUCACUUUCGGGAGCCCACCAAAGAGGACAUUGACAGUUGUGGCUUGAUAGUAACCACCCUGGCGACUUCGAGUUGUUUAACGACUCUGGACUUCGAGCCAACUCACAUCGUCAUCGACGAAGCUGCACAAGCGCUCGAGUGCGAAGCCCUCACCGCGCUAGCCCUCGCGACCAAAAAAACACGUCUCAUUUUGGCCGGAGAUCAAAUGCAACUGGCUCCUGAAGUUUACAGUGAUCUGGCCGCUGAACGAGGCCUCGGAACUAGCCUCCUCGAACGCAUACACACGUUGUAUUCGCCCCACCAUCCCUGCAGGAUACGUCUGUGUCAGAACUAUCGAUCUCACGCUGAUAUCGUCAAGCUCACCUCCAGCCUUUUCUACGGCGAUGAAAUUGAGCCUGGAUGCACCACAUUGUCCGCACAUCCGGCACAGACUCCUCUCAUGUUUUACGCCGUUCAUGGAAUGGAAGUGCAGGGUGAUCAUUCGACCGGUUUCUACAACGACCAAGAGGCUGUGGAAUUAGCGGAGCGAGUGGUAUCAUUGAAGCGUUUUUGGCCAACGGAAGAAUGGGGUCCGUUCGACGAGGAUUCGAUCGGUGUAUUAGCGCAUUACGCGGAGCAAGUAGUCAGGAUACGGAACGAAUUGAGGAAGCGUCGUUUGUUCAGGGUCUCGGUCGAGAGAGUAUUGAACGUGCAGGGUAAACAAUUUACCGCGGUAUUCAUAAGUACGGUGAGAACGACGAGGUGCUGUCGUUUGUCGGCGGAGAGCAACGUGAGCGAUUACGGUUUUUUGACGAAUCCACGGCUGUUGAACACGGCGAUAACGAGAGCAAAGUCAUUGGUCGCUGUGGUGGGUGAUCCGGUGGCGCUUUUGACGGUAGGCUCGUGUCGAAAGCUCUGGGCCAAAUAUUUCGAGACUGCGACGAUAAAGGGAUUUCCAAAGCAGAAGUUACAGCGGUAUAUGAUCAUGUGUUUCAAGCCGCAAUUGGCGAUAGCGCCCCUCAAUCCGUUGGCCCGGGAGUUUGUACCGCGGGAGACGAACGCUCCGGCGUUGAACGAGUGGCUCGGUUGUCCACCGAACAGCGAGGCCAACUGUUUAUAUCGGGCGAACAACGCGUGGUCAACGACGAACACCGAGAGUUCGGAAUUCGCCGGGAGAUCGCAUAGGCGCGUUUAAGACACGUAUUUUAAAACGGAAUUUUCUUCUCCCAAGGAGCGGCGGGCACGUGUCGUUGGCGCGCGUGUGCGUAUGUGCGAUUGUGCGUGCGUCUGUGUGCGUGUGUAAAAGUGUGUGUAAGAGCGAUAUUAUUGCGGAUGUAAACCGUAAUGACGAGCGAGGUUCGGUUGAGCAUUCUGUCUUGUGUUUAGCGCGGAAUGGAAGCUAUAAGAAAAAACGAGUACGAUUUAAAAAAAUCAUUGUGCAGGUUUGUCGUUUUCUUUUUCACAAAAAAAGCAUCCAAUUUCGUUGCAUACGAAUCGUCUACAUCCGAAUAUCCGAAUAUAUAUAUAUAUAUAUCGAUAGGUUUUUUCCUUUUCAUUCCUCUCCUUUUUUUUAUAUAUGAAAAGAUAUGAUAGAAAAGAAAUGGAAAAGAAGAAAAAAAAUUACUGCAAAUUAAUGAUAUAAAUAUGCAACCGUACUAUUCUCCCGAUUAACGGGAUGAACAUCGCCCAGUUGGAGCUACCGACGUCAAUGUUGUAAAUAUAGAUAGCGUUCGAGAGUAUUGAUGAAGGGAACUAAAAAAAAAAAUACAAAAAACAAGAAAAAAUAUACGAGAAAUGAGAGAUACACGGUUUCGACAUUCAAUUCUGUCAGUUCAUAUCCUAUAACACCUUAUUCGUCAUCCCCUAACACUUUAUUUUUCAAAAACGUUUAUUUUUAACUCGGAAUUUCCAUUUUUCAACAUCAUCCAAAUAUCUUUCAUCCGCUCUUCAAUGACUCUCGAAACAUUAUUUUUUCAAUCCUCGAAUACUGAUGGAAGAAUGGGACGAAAAAAUAGGAGACAAAAAACAAGAGAAAAAUUGGAAAAAAUAUUAUUGGAUUCGAAUCCUUUUGAACGAACGAAACUUUCGGUUUCGCUCUGUUAUUGAACCAUCAUUUUUUGCGGGAAAUCGCCUCGAAACUUGCAACCGCGGCGAUGGAUAUUGUACAUGGUGAUAUAUUUGAAAAAUAUAGAUAUGUAUGUAUGUAUGUAUACAUGUAUAUAUACUCCCAUUAUUUUUGUGAUUGUUUGUCGCAUGCCACUUUUCAUGUUGUCACCACAUUCUAGAGAGAGAGAGAGAGAGAGAGAGAGAGAGAGAGAGAAGUAGAGUCAGAGGAAUCGUGUAUAAGAAUUUAGACCACUUGUGUGUCUCUCGAAUGAAUAUAUUAAAAAGAAAAGUGAAACGAA